AUGUCAAGCGCAAAGGAACAGGCACGGGUACAAGAAGAUGCCGCAGAGGAUGCCAAAAUCUGUCAAGAGCUGGGCGACUUGGACAGAGUGCUUGAAGACCAAACUUUCCAUACGGAGAAAGUCGUCGAGUACAAUGCGAAGCAGUUUGUGUCGUUGGCAGAAGGAAUCAAUGCGUGCAGAUUGAUGGAUAUGGAUGGGAACUUGCAACCGGUAAUGCUGCGUUCCUGCGGCACGCAGGACGUCUACUUCUUUACGCCUCUCGAUUUCGCUUUUUGGUCUGCCGCAGGGCCGGACCACGCUGAGUUGCCGUUGCGCCUGACCCGCUUUCCAUACCUCCUGGACGCCAAGAUCAACAUGUAUAUCUUGCCUCGCCUGGCUCGCGAUCGAUCUGAUAGGCCUAUCGACAGUUUGUUAAAAGUAGACACAAAGCCAGCAAAGUUCCCAGCUGCCAACCUCAACAAGGUCAUUUGCUUUGGAUUCGGCGAACUGGACGGCAGCGAGAGCGAAGAUGGUCCAGAUAGCCUUCGUCGCGACGACCGUGGUCUGGAAAAAUACCUUAUCCUUCUUGCCUUCGAACUAGUUCAUUGGCUAGAACUCAAGCUUCACAUCAAAGUGCCAAUGAUCUUCGAGGAUUCAAGAUGCGACCAGCAAGAUCGUCGUCGCGUAGAAGACUUUGCAGAAGAAACGGUCACACGAAUAAGCUUUAUGAACAACCGCCAGGCCCUACUUGAAGUCGACAAAGAUACCUUGGUACUGGCCGCUGGCAAAUCUCGUUUUGCUAUCCGCUCACCCAUCGCGGAUAUCACGAAGCAUAAGGGAGGCCCCGCUGGCAAUCCUCUGCGAAACAGUCCCGGGGAUUACAACUAUUGA